AAAAUUUUUAUGAAUGAAAAAUGGUGAUCAAAGUUUUCAUUGUGUACAAUUGAAAUUUUCCCUUUUUCCUGUGAUUUUCCGAUAAUAUUUUCAUUUUAAACCUGCCAAUUCGUUUUUUAUGAAACCAGCAAGAUUGUCCGUGUAUAUUUGCGAAACAGCUAGAAGUAUCGGUGCAGUUUUCGACAGAGGUCAAACUAAAUGAACCUAACCCAGACUGUUCGAAGAGAGAUUUUUAUUUAAAAACUGAUUUUAGAAGCCUCAAGCAAAAUGUUUUGGAAGUACAACACGAACUCUUCGUCCCAAAUGGACGCUCUGCUGGCCAAAGAGGACGUCACUUUGCAAGAAGUUAUGGACUCUGAAGAUAUCAUCAGCGAGUGCAGGGUUCAAAAUAAAAAUCUGAUUGAUUUUUUGUUAAAACCGGAUGUCAUGGAUGAGCUAGUAACGUUGACGACUAGAGAACCUUCGAUGGAAAUUGGCGAAAAGGACCGGUUCAAAUAUCCAACGGUUGCUUGCGAAUUGCUCACCUGUGAUGUUCCAGCCCUUAAUGAAAGAUUAGCUGGAGACGAAAGAUUGCUGGAAAAAUUGUAUGAAUUUUUGGGAAACGAGCCGCCGCUGAAUCCUCUACUGGCAUCGUAUUUUAGUAAAAUUAUGGGCGGCCUUAUAGCUAGAAAGACUGAACAGAACUGGCUCUCCUAUCAACUCACGUGCUUGCAGGUCCUAGAUUUUUUAAAAGAUAGGGAUACGUUUUUGCCGUUCCUGUUGAAAAACUUGCGCACCUCUGCCAUCAUGGAUCUGACGCUGAAACUGAUGACGCAAGUCGAAGGCGUCGAUAUCCGUCACAAUAUACUCAGUUGGUUAGAUGAUCAUAAGCUGAUACAGCAACUCGUUUGUUUGCUGAAUCCUAACAGUGAAAAGGAGAGACAUGAUAAUGUUGCUCAAUUACUGUGUGAUUUUCUCAAGUCGGCUAGGGACACUCAGAAUACUUCUACGGAACGUGCCGAUCCCGAUCCUUUGCUUAAUACUCUUGAAUCGCCUGAAACUAUUAAAUUACUGCUAGACCAAAUAUUCGAUAAUGAAAAGUGUGAAAGUUCCAUCGUAGGCGGUAUCCAAGUACUUUUAACCUUACUAGAUGUAAAUAAUACCAGUGUCAGGACGCCGUUUUUUAGAAGUGCCGCUAGUAUAGCUACCAGUAUUUACAGUACCAACAUGAGCGAAGAACCAGUGGAUUUGGAGCAUAGGCAGAAGGUUGUGCGGGACACUACCGAAGCUAUUGCAUUUAGAAUCAAAGAUUUUCAUAAUUUAUUAUUGGAACCACCAAAACAAUGUUCAGUCUUCACAACAAUCGGUCUCCUAGAUCCGCCAGUGGGCAAUACGCGUCUUCAAAUAGUCCGAUUGCUAGCCACUCUAAUAAACUCAGACUACGGCCAAUUGUACGAACAACUAAUGACUUUAGGCACAUUCACUGUACUGCUAGACCUCUUUUUCAAAUACUCCUGGAACAAUUUCCUGCACACGCAAGUGGAAAAUUGCAUGGUCAUUGUAUUGGAAGCGGGAGCUAACAUAGACGACGGUGACACUAAAAACAUAAGUCCUUUGUGCAGGCACUUGAUACAAGACUGCCAUUUGUUGGAGAGGAUAAUGAAAGCGUGGAAAGACAACGACGAACAGCAAACGGAGAAAAAGGCCAUCCGGCAAGGUUACAUGGGACAUUUGAUUAGUUUAGUGAAUACGAUAGUGCAGAUUAAGUCAAGUACGGCUUUGGGCGAGCAGUUGAAAGAGCUGAAACCGGAAACGGCAACGGAACUUGAAGAGUUUAUUGCGAAAAAUUUGGCUGAAGCUAUUGAAAACCAAGAGAGGCUUUUGGGUGGUCAACAUCCUAAUAAUUUAGAGGAUAAUAAUGAUGAUUUCAAUGAUUUGCCUUAUCCGCAAAAUAGUGUGCUACAACAACAGAGUUUUACACAUUACCAAGUGCAAAAUUUACCCACUCAAUAUAUCGACGGAUAUAGCGGCUUCAGUGAUGAUGCUUUCAAUGAUGGUGAUGAUACAUUACAAACAAUCGAUAAUCCUUCAGACAAUUUUGUCAAUUUUGACCUGACCGAAAACGAAAUGAUGCAAAGGGACGACCUUUUCAAGCAAGUGUGCGCCCAAAGUAUCAACACGCUUUUUGAUGCCGAGGAUCAGAUUUUCGAAGAGCGGGAUCACACUUUUCAGACCGUCAUCGAGAAAAAGGACCAAGGCGAAGCGGCAGAUAAUAGCAGCGACAGCGACGAUGAAAGUCCACCUGGCGGUGAAGAUAUUAUGGAUGUGGAUCCUUGGUCUUCACCAAAAGCAGAUCCCUGGAGCACUUUGGCCAGCACCACUGACGCCACCAGUGACCUGUGGUGCGAAGUAUCGCCGACAGCGGGCUGGGCGAACUUCAGUGCGGCCUCCUUCUAUGAAAAGAGCCAAAACUCUAUCUCCGAAACUGGUCUCGGUAUCAAAGAAGAAGCCAGUGCCGUGAUUAAAGAGGAAGUCAGUCUUGAGAUGAAAGAAGAACCAUCUAUUUCCACUGUGACAGUGGAAAGUGCAGGCUCAAUUUCCAAUAUGAUAGUAGAAAGCGCAGCUGCUGGCGACCAAUUAAAUACCGAGGAAAGUGCUACAGUUUCUGACAAUGUGGAGGGAAGCAGUAGCAACCAAUCACAACCGUCCAUGUCUCUAGAAGGCGACAAAUGUAUAUCGCCAAUAAAACCCGUAGAAAAUUCAUUGGACGAGCCAGUGGCGCACCCUCAUCAAGACAAAGUGUGAGCCUCGAACGUCAACUACUCUGUGACAUAUCAGAUCUAAAUAGAGAGGGCUGUAAUACGAAAACAAAAAGUGUCACUGAAUUACACACACACGUAAAUUUUUUUUAAAAAAAGUGAGUAUUAGUAUUAUGUAUAAAAAAAAAAAACAAUUUUUAAUAAAAUUUGUAUUGUAAAGAAGAGGUCCUUGUUUUGUAUUGUAACUGGCUAUUGUAAAGUCAAUAGCUCAAUUACUUUAGUUGGUUUUUUGUAUACAAGGACUGAUCCAAAUUUUAACUUGUGAGACCUUUGAGUGCUUAUUGGUUUCCUGCUCGGGAUCCAGUCGUACAUAUUUUAAGCAUCACAUACUACUGUAAAUAAUAUUUGAAGAAACAGUGAAUGUUCUCCGAGAAUUUCAAGGGCUUUCAAAGGCAAAACUAUUUAUCAUUUCAAUUUAUUGAAAAAAAAAAUUCACUCUGUAUAUUGAAAGCCCAUGAUUAUGAAAGUCCUCAAAAUUCUCUAAAAAUUUGAAAAUUUUAUUUUUAAUUGGUAUGACCAGAUUCCGAGAUAUCAGAGAUUUCAUCUAUUGUAAAUAAUUGCAGGGUCUACUAUUUCAAUUAAACAACUUUGUCACAUUGCCAAAAACAGUGCAAUACACUACGAUUAUUGUAAUUGAAAUAAUUCCAACUCCGUUUACAGAUUCCUGUAAAUAGUUUUGUAACUUAUUUUUUAGUUAAUACUUAUGUGAUAUAUCUCUUUGCGUGUAGUUAGAAACAUUUACCCGGUGCCUGCAGAAUGUAUGAAAAAAAAAAAAAAAUUGUGCAUUCAUCGAAUAAUAGUAAGAACCUUUAUAUACAGGGUGAUUUAAAAUAUAUAACGAGAGCUUACCAAUUUGGUUUUUUUCUAAUUUGCGGUUACGUUACAUAUCAUUUACGAGUGUUUUCGUUUAAUAAUAAAAUCGAAUUGUGCCUUUCGAGUAUCUGUUAAUUUAUUUCGAUUGUCGAAAAAUUGUUUUUGCAGCUUAGUUUAUUGAAUAUACAGAGUGUUUCAGUUGAAAAUCAAGCACUCUGUUUACAGGGUGAAAGAAGUGGCUCUAUAACUUUUGGUACACAGUGUAGUUUUUGUUGUCUUAGUACAGUAUUAAAUAAAUAUUUAUGUGGCAUCACUGUGUACCAAAUUUCGUUUUAUUAUUUUUUAAUAAUAAGACAGUCACAGGCAUUUCUUAUUUUGUCAAUCAGAACAAUUUCUGUGAUUAUGGUGUUAUUACAAAAUGAUUUUCAAGUUUCUGAUUGGUUAUAAUUUUUGUAAGAGGCUCAUAAUAAACCUAGCAAUGAUAAUGUAAUGAGAUAAAGUAUCUAAAAGUAUGAAGCUUUAUGAAUGAUUAUUUUCUGAGAAAUUCAAAAUUCAUUAAUUAAAUAUUACUAGGUUUAUGAUAGGCCUUAGUUAUUCUCCAUUUCCUAAACCUUAUGUUGUUUUUGUCUUUCUGUUAACUGCCGGUUAGUUAUAAUGGAGGGACAGCCUCGGACAAAGCGUAAAAGUUGUACAUUUCUCAUGAAAAUCAGUGCCUAGGUAUUAUUAUUGUAUAUUUUUUAAAGUUCACGUACCGUUCAAUUAAUUUUAAUUUUAAAAGAAGAAAUAUUCCAUGUCCUUAUUGUAUUCUGUUUAAAAAUAAUUACAUAAUUAAAAAACAAGAC